AUGAUCCUCUAAUUAAGCAACCAUCCACACAAUCUUUUCCAGAGCCAGACAACAAACAAACAUACACUUUUAGUUUCAUCAAAGACGAAGCUGCACUAGAAAUGGAGUUGGAUCUUGAUCUCUCUCUUUCACCUCAUACUAAUUCUUCAAAAUUUGGGUUUGGCUUUGACCUCAACAAGCAUUGCGCUACUGUGGGCGUUAUGUCGUGUUUGAAUACGAAACAAACGCGUUCUGAGUCGAUGUUUUGGUUGGAUAAUAUGGAAGAAGAUUGUUAUGUGCCAAAACCAUGUUCGUUUUCUUUGAAUGGCCAGCCUGACGAGGAAGAAGAAGAUCAUCUGGAAUCAGACUCCUCUAUUGUUGACGAUGAGGAGGAAAAUAGCGAAGUCGUGGGGUGGCCACCAGUAAAGUCAUGUAUGACAAAGUAUCAUAAUUAUCGUCACCAUAGUCGUAAUCACCCAUAUCACCAUCAUGGUAGGAGGACCAACAUAGCUAAUCCAACGGCUACAACUGAAAGAGUUAGACCAUCAUCAUCGGUAUCAUGGUCAUCAUCAUCAUUGAGAUCCUCAAUGUAUGUUAAGGUGAAGAUGGAUGGUGUGGCAAUAGCCAGAAAGGUUGACAUCAAGCUUUUCAACUCUUACGAGUCUCUCACUGGCUUCUUGAUCACCAUGUUUAGUCAAUACCAAGAUUGUGACAGAGAAGAUACAAGUUACAAAUUCACCUUCCAGGGGAAAGAGGGCGACUGGCUAUUACCAGGGGAUGUUCCAUGGAAGAUCUUUGCUGAGUCUGUUCAUCGAAUAUCAAUAAUUAGAGAUUGCCCGUGUGCAUAUACACGGCUGUUGUUCUAAAAAAAUAACUUUUUUCAAAGCAGUUUUUAUUUUGUAAUUAAAGUGUCUACCUUACCAGAGUCCCACUCGAUUUAUCUUUCCUCUAGUAUCACUUAUUAAGAAUUAUGGCCAAACAUGCACGGAUGGGUAAUGACAUUUCUUUCAUAAGAAUUCAGUGACUACUUAAGGAUCAGGUUCGGACGGCUAAGUAAGCUUUUAGAUAUUCUUACAUCAAUCCUUUGUCGCUUUUUAAACUUAAUAGACUUGUCUACUUAAAAAAACAAAAGAAAAGAAAGAGAGAAAAACAUAAACUGUGAUGAUGGUUGCAGAAACCAUGGUAUCAAAACGAGAUUAAAAAAAAAACAAAUAGGAUGCGGAUACAUGUUGUUGAUAUGAAUGAGAAUCUAAGGUAGAGGAGCAAGUUGUUUAUAUGAAUGAGAUGAAAGCGCUUCCUCCUUUUCCAGAGAACCUCCACCUCCACCUCAACCCAACCCAGUGCCGAAACCGCAAGUAAGUGAUGAUCUAUGACGUCAUGCUGAUGUCAGCAAGAAGGAAUGAGAGGUCAAGCUAGUUUGGCAAAGAUGAGUCCGUGACAAGUGCCAAUGCUGAGCUGGACCAAUCAUGAAGCAAGGAUGAUGUGGAGAUGGAGUAACGACUUUACGCGGAAAAAGUUGAGUCGUUAGACGGUUAGGCUAUUAGGCCGAGCUUGUUGGGCAAUUGGGCUUAGGCCUAGUAUAAAUAGAAAGGAAUGAGAGAAUAAACGUAGGCCAUAAUUGUCUUGUAGUGGGAAAGUCUAUAGCUUAUUGCUUUAGUCUUUGGGCUCACUUAAUGGAAUACCGUAUUGAGAUUGGAA